CUCGCACGGAUACACAACACAGCGACACAGAAGGCGGCCGGGCGGCGCGGCUCUCGUCUUCUUCUUCCCUUCUCCAGCUCCUCCUCUUCCUCCCCACAUCCGAUCGGGUGAUUCCGUUGCCGAGGCCGCUCCUCACGUCUGGUCAGCAGAAUGGACAGCUCCGCGCCCAAUGCCACCCCACCCGCGCCGGAGCCCACGCAGCCGCGGCGGCUGCCGGACUUCCUCCAGUCGGUGCGGCUCAAGUACGUGAAGCUGGGGUACCACCACCUCAUCUCCCACGGCAUGUACCUGCUGCUGUCGCCGCUCAUGGCGCUGGUGGCCGUGCAGCUCUCCACCGUGUCCCCCGGCGACCUCGCCGGCCUGUGGGAGCAGCUCCGGUACAACCUCGUCUCCGUGCUCACCUGCACCACCCUCCUCGUCUUCCUCUCCACCGUCUACCUCCUCACCCGCCCGCGCCCCGUUUACCUGGUCGACUUCGCGUGCUACAAGCCGGAGCCGGAGCGCCGGUGCACGCGCCAGACCUUCAUGCGCUGCUCCGAGGCCACCGGCUCCUUCACCGACGCCAACCUCGACUUCCAGCGCAAGAUCCUGGAGCGAUCCGGUCUCGGCGAGGACACCUACCUGCCGCCGGCCGUGCUCCGGGUGCCCCCGAACCCGUGCAUGGACGAGGCGCGCAAGGAGGCCAGCACCGUCAUGUUCGGCGCCAUCGACCAGCUGCUGGAGAAGACCGGGGUCCGGCCCAAGGACAUCGGCAUCCUCGUCGUCAACUGCAGCCUCUUCAACCCAACGCCGUCGCUGUCGGCCAUGGUGGUGAACCACUACAGGCUUCGUGGCAACGUCGCGAGCUACAACCUGGGCGGGAUGGGGUGCAGCGCGGGGCUGCUGUCCAUCGACCUGGCCAAGGACCUGCUGCAGGUGCACCGGAACACGCACGCGCUGGUGAUCAGCAUGGAGAACAUCACCCUCAACUGGUACUUCGGGAACGACCGCUCCAUGCUGGUGUCCAACUGCCUGUUCCGGAUGGGCGGCGCGGCGAUCCUGCUCUCGAACCGGCGCGCCGACCGGCGGCGGGCCAAGUACGAGCUGGUGCACACGGUGCGCACGCACAGGGGCGCCGACGACCGGUGCUUCGGGUGCGUGGCGCAGGGGGAGGACGGGGACGGCAAGGUGGGCGUGUCGCUGUCCAAGGACCUGAUGGCGGUGGCCGGGGAGGCGCUCAAGACCAACAUCACCACGCUGGGGCCGCUGGUGCUGCCGCUGUCGGAGCAGCUGCUGUUCAUGGCCACGCUGGUGGCCAAGAAGGCGUUCAAGGCCAAGGUCAAGCCCUACAUCCCGGACUUCAAGCUGGCGUUCGAGCACUUCUGCAUCCACGCGGGCGGCCGCGCCGUGCUGGACGAGCUGGAGAAGAACCUGGAGCUGACGGAGUGGCACAUGGAGCCGUCGCGGAUGACGCUGCACCGGUUCGGCAACACCUCCAGCAGCUCGCUGUGGUACGAGCUGGCCUACAGCGAGGCCAAGGGCAGGAUCGGCCGGCGCGACAGGAUCUGGCAGAUCGCCUUCGGCUCCGGGUUCAAGUGCAACAGCGCCGUCUGGAGGGCGCUGCGCACGGUCUGCCCGGAGACGGAGAAGAACCCAUGGAUGGACGAGAUCGACGACUUCCCCGUGGAGGUCCCGAAGAUCUCCAAGGUUGGGAACGCAUGAAAGAGUGAUCGGUUGAAAUGUGUGUGAUCGGGUGAUCUUGCAUUGCCAGCCCAGAUCAGCACCAAGUUUGUUCGUCAUCUGGUGGUGCCAGAUCAGUUAUUUGGUCUUGUUUUCAGCUGUAGCACCUGUGGUGGGGGGCCUAAGCUAAAGUUUAGGUCCUGCUUGGAAUGAAUGUAAAUUUAGAUGAUUGGAUUAG